AUGGGGUUAUUCAAGCGCAAAGAUUCCAAGAACUCCAUUCAAAGCGAUACCGAGAAUGAUCCCAUAUCAAUCAACAGCGCUCGUACAUCACAUACAUCCCUGAGAUCGCCAAGGUACAAGGGAACUGGCCCGCCAUCCUCGAUCCCGGAACUCCCUAUCGCCAGACCCCCAGAUCCAGCAUUGGACCCGGCCGCAUAUCUACGGAGCAUCCAUGCCGUGCGCGAACGCUCCAACAUCAUUCUGAAAAAGGCCAAAAAGAACCAACUGCACCAUUUCGACGUCGACAUGAGCAAAUUCGAAGCUACCGCCUCUUACGUCGUCUCCAUCAUCAAGCGAGAUUAUGCGCCAGAUUAUGAGAACAUUCCCCCGCAUGGUCGCUGGCAGCACUUCGAUGUCGGCGGCAGACCGCGUAUCAACCAGCUUCUCCAGUCCUGGCCCAGUCGCAUUGAUGCGCAGGAGCGCACCCGCCGUUUGAUUGAUCUGUUUGUCGUGUCCGUGCUGCUCGACGCUGGCGCCGGGAACGAGUGGUCGUACCGGUCCAAGGAGUCUGGUAAAGUCUUCUCGCGCAGUGAGGGCUUGGCCGUGGCCAGUUUGGAGAUGUUCAAGUCGGGGCUUUUCAGUAGCGAUCCGACGGAGCCAUGUCAGGUGGAUGGCGCAGGAUUAAAAAAAAUUACGGUCGAGGUGCUUGCCAAGGCGAUGCAGCAUUCUGAUGAGAAUCCGUUGGCCGGUAUUGAAGGCCGCACGGGCUUGUUGGUACGGCUCUCCGAGGCACUUAACAAUCAAGACUUCUUCGGUGUGGAUGCUAGACCGGGAAAUAUGCUAGAUUAUCUUCUCGGUCAUCCGUCAACCCUGGCUUCUUCCGUACCUAUUGUUCCGAUCACCACUUUGUGGUCCGUGCUUAUGGAUGGGUUUUCUCCCAUCUGGCCGGAAUCACGGACGCAGAUUGAUGGAGUAUCUAUUGGAGAUGCUUGGAAGUGCUCGGAUCUCCCCGAUUGUCCUCCUGCAAAGCAGUGGGAGAGCAUUGCUCCAUUUCACAAGCUAACCCAAUGGCUAUGCUACUCGAUCAUGGUUCCAAUGUCAAAACUGAUGCUCAUCCACUUCGCCGGGAGCGACCUCCUAACAGGCCUUCCGGAAUAUCGAAACGGAGGCCUGCUUAUCGACCUGGGACUCAUGACCUUGAAACCGGAUGAUAUGCAGCGUGGAAUCGAUGCAUAUAAAGAGAAUGCUCAGAUCAAGGGUCAGCCAAGUGUCGAAGUGGCACCGCUCUUCUGCGCCGACGACGAUGUAAUUGUCGAAUGGCGAGCCGCGACUGUCGGGUUCCUGGAUGAGCUCCUAGACGAGGUCAACGCUCAGCUAGGGCUUAAGGGCUCGGACGAGCCAUUAACACUAGCACAAAUGCUUGAGGCUGGCACCUGGAAGGGUGGUCGCGAGAUUGCGGAAGUUUCGAGACCAAACACCAAGGAACCUCCUAUCAUGAUACGAUCUGACGGCACUGUCUUCUAA